CCACAUCUCAACGUCGAUCCAAAUUAGGCUUUGGCAACUUUGCGCUAAGGUUACACCUUUUGACAGGCAAAUAGUUAGGAUGAUUGUUAAAAAGUUACCUAUUUCAUUUUGUGUCACUUUGGAUACAAAUUAAGUGUUGUAGUGCAUAUUGUUGCUUACAUACUUACUGAUAUAAGUUUAUUGAAAAUGGCUGCAAAGUUAGAAGAAGAUCUUUUCGAACAAACAGGACAGUACGAACCACUCACAACUCGUCUACGUAAUAUACUCCGUGAAUACAAAGAUGGUGUCGGUAUCUUUAAAGAAUUAAUUCAAAAUGCAGACGAUGCUGGAGCUGGUAAAGUCAAGUUUUUGGUGGACUGGAGACAAGGAAGAACGGGGAGUCUUUUCUCCCCUGGCAUGGCCGAAUGUCAAGGACCAGCAUUGUGGGCUUACAACGAUGCUGUGUUCACUGACGAUGAUUUUGAAAACAUCAACAAACUUGCAGGAGAAACGAAAGUCGGAGAUAUUUCAAAGAUUGGUAGGUUUGGUCUUGGUUUCAACGCUGUCUACCACCUCACAGACGUCCCAAGUUUCAUCAGCCGAGAACACUUGGUGGUCUUUGAUCCGAACACUCACCAUUUACAACAUCACAUUAGGGACAGAUCCCGUCCUGGAAUUCACAUCAAUCUUUCCGAGAAAUCAAAGUCGUUAACACGUUACCGUGAUCAGUUUCAACCAUACAAUGGCGUCUUUGGUUGCAACACAACGGAAACACGUCAUAGAUUCUGCUUCGACGGAACAUUAUUCCGAUUUCCUUUCCGCACAUCCGCCCAAGCAAGAACCAGCGAUAUUAUCAAAUCCCCAUAUGGUCGAGACAAGAUUCAAGCCAUUGUUUGUAGCAUUUGUGAAUGCGCUUCGAAUCUUUUAAUCUUCUCCCAACAUGUGAAAGAAGUAGUCGUCUUUGAAUUGGAUAAAUCAAGUCAACCAGACCAAAAGCGUUUGGUGCUGUCUGUGAAGAAACCAAGCGUUCAAGUCUUCCGGCAAGAGGGGACAAACAGCACAGAACCGUUUAUAAAGCAGUGUUCCAAAUGGUGGAAACAAAACCGUGAUUCUCAAAACAUUUGCAAGGAAUUCCCAUCCAGUUGUGAGCUUGUUAACAUUGAGACCAGAAAGGAAGAGUCAGAAUUGAGUGGAUGUGACGGUCGAUACAGAAGUGACGAAACUUGGUUGUUAGUUUCAGCAAGUGGGACUGACGAUUCUCUCAAAAUUGCUCGCUCACCAGAAGGUCGAGCUCGUGGCUUCUUGCCCUGUGGUGGGGCAGCGUUCGUGAUUCAGAGAGCCUCCAGGCGGAAUUCCAACUCUGAUCUUUUUGGGGAACUGUUUUGCUUUCUCCCUUUGUCCAUUUCCACUGGGCUUCCUGUCCAUGUCAACGGGUAUUUUGCCAUCAUGUCUAAUCGCGUUGAAAUUUGGAAACGAUCGACUACAGGAAACCAACCAAUCGAGGUGAAUUGGAACGAAGCCCUGAUGGAGGACGCAUUAGCCAGAGCUUACAUCAUGCUUCUUGAAAACCUGAAAGAUUCGAUCGGUAAGAUAAAGGAUUACAAAUUUUACAAUCUGUGGCCAAGCAGUGACACCGUUGAUAUGAAAUCCUGGGAGAAGCUAGUUCAGAAAAUCUGCAGUGUCUUGUUGGAUCCAAGAACCAAGUUAUUUUACAGCGAUGGAAAUUGGAAGAGUAUCAAAGAUGGUUUUAUUCUCAGCGAUGAAUUUACCGGGAUCUACGAGACGACAGUGGAAUUAUUGCGAUCUCUGGGGAUCCAUGUUUUCAGUUUGCCCCGUAACAGGUUGGAAACCCUAAGAAAAUACGAUCGAUCCGGCAUCCUGCAACGACGCACUUUGUCCUACACAAAAUUUAUGGAGCAAAAUUUUUUUCCAAACAUCAAGACUUUCUCUCCCACUCAGAGAGAUGCCAUCGUUUGCUUUGGAUUGGAUCGAAUCCGAUAUAAAAAAGAAUCCUCCUGCGAUGCUCGCCUUUUCAAACAGAAUGCCUCUAUUUCAGUAUCACUAAACGGGAGAAAUUUGGUGAAACCUUCUAAACUUAUCCACCCAUCCAGUUCCCCAUCGGAGUUGUUUUCCGAGCAAGAUCAGCGUUUUCCAAUCGGACACGGCCUGCGUGAUGCAAACAGAUUGUAUGUUUUGGAAACACUCGGUAUGGUGAACGAUCUAGAUUGGGCUGGAAUCUACGAAAGAGCUAAGUCAAUCGUUGAAACCGGAGGGCUCGAACGGUGUCGAAAGCUAAUCGCAUACAUCAACAAGCGAAUAGAUCACUUGCCAAUCCCAGUUCCAUAUUCAAGUCUUCUGCAACAUUUACAGUUUCUGCCAGUGUUAAAAAAGCCUGUUGGUGAAUUCAUUUUACCGUGGAAAGGAUCAUCAAAUUUGGUUUGUUCGCAGUUAUACGCACCAAACGAAGUCUUCCUUCCAAAAGAUGCCAUGCUUGUUGGAUCAUCCUGCUUAAUCGUAAAUACAUCCAAUGAAGAUGGUUGUGGAAAGAUGAAUACAAAAGUAAAAAAUCUUUUAGGAUUUUCCAGCCGUCAGCCUCAAUACGAGUUAGUCAUUCAGCAGUUAGAGGAAGCAAUGAAGUUUUGGAGUAAGUUACCGAAAGAGAGAAAACAAAAAGCUGAAAUGAGAUCGGCCAUUGAAUCCGUCUGCCAGAGAAUUUACCGAUUCUUUAACGAUGCGAUCACGAGAAAGGGGUCGAGAAAGGGGUCGAGAAAGGGGUCGAGAAAUCGAAGAUUCCUGAGUGAGCUCGCAGUACGGAAUUGGUUGUUUCUUCAAGGCACGUUUGUGGAGAGCAAAAAGGUGGCUUACACGUCAAGCGGAAACGGAGCUCCAUUUUUAUUCACCCUUCCAUCCAACUACAUAUUGGAAUAUCGCAAUCUUUUUGAAGCUGUUCAAAUCAAGGAGACAUUUAGCGAUGAAGAUUACAUCAGCGCUCUUUCUGAACUGGAAAAAACAAAGCAAGGUUGGCCCCUGAAUAGCGACGAAUUGCAAGCUGCAAUAUUUUUCAUCAGUCAAAUAGAUGUCGGAAAUCCCACCGUGAAGAAUUUCGUCGGAAAGAUUCCACUUCCAGACACACAUAGAAUUUUGCGUCCAAGCAAAGAUGUUGUGGUAAACCUUAGCUUAUGGUUGAAAGAUCCAGGUAAUAACCUAAAAGUCCACGAGAAGGUACCACCGCAAACAGCACAUUUCCUCGGCGCGAAAUCUUUAAAGAAUGUAAUAUUGAAGAAGUAUUCACGUCGUAUUGGCUACGGAGAGUCAUUCGGGCAACACGAAGAGUUAACUGAACGACUAAAAGGAAUUCUGGAUGGAUAUCCGGCUGAUGGAAUACUAAAGGAACUUGUACAAAACGCUGAUGAUGCUCAAGCCUCGGAGAUACACUUCAUACACGAUACACGACGUCUGAAAUGUCAAAAGGUCGUGGUUGAAGGAGAAACGUCGGCGGAAGUGCAAGGACCAGCACUUUGUGUCUACAAUGACAGACCAUUUACAGACAAAGACCUGGAUGGAAUUAAGAAUCUUGGUAUUGGAAGCAAGCGAGAUACUCCAGGAAUGACAGGAAAAUAUGGAAUUGGUUUCAAUUCAGUUUACCAUCUUACCGACUAUCCCAGCUUUUUAUCCAACGACGACACUCUUGUGUUUCUCGAUCCUCAUUCCCGAUAUUUUGAUGAUGAUCGUGGCCAAAUAUUCAAAGCCAUGGAUGCAGAAUUUCGAGAUCUCAACUCGGAUACACUCGACGGAUAUCUUCCUGGUAAAUUUAAUUUAAAAGGCUCUACUAUGUUCCGUUUUCCCCUGAGACAAGAAAGGAAUGAAUCGAAGAUAUCCAACGGUUCUCCUGAUGUGGAAAAUCUUUUUCAGACCAUGGGAGAGGACGCACGGAAGUCAUUGUUAUUUCUUAAUAAUAUCAAGAAAAUAACAUUAUCAAAGAUUAAUCUAAAUGGCAAAAUGGAAGAAAUAUUUUGUGUCGAGUCUGUGAUCACUCCGGAGGAUGAGAGAAAGCGUAGAGAACUGGGACGGAAGGCCUGCGAUCUCAAAAACAUUCCAACCGCUGAAAUCGGAUGGGAGGGAGUCAACUACACCCUAAAAAUCUACGAAGACAAGAAGAAAGUCGAGAAAUGGUUGGUACAAAGGUGCAUUGGAUCGAUCGUUUCAAACUCCUCUCUAAUACAGAAUGGUGAAAUCCCCGACGGACGUAAUCUGGGUCUUCUUCCACGUGGUGGUAUUGCAGCUCGACUGUGGAAUCGUUCCUCGUUCUCGUUUGGUCAAAAACAAUCAGAAGUUCGUGGCAUUGUAUACUGUUUCUUGCCUCUCCCACAGAAUUGUACUAAUCUUCCUGUUCACGUCAACGGUCAUUUUGCGUUGGAUAGCACUAGACGAGGACUUUGGACAGACACUGAUGGUAAAGGCAUAAAAUGUGAAUGGAACAACUUUAUGAAAACCUCUGUAUUACCACGUGCCUACGCUGAUUUGAUCAUUGAGGCUCGUAAGCACCUGUGCGACAGUGACGACCAACUUUCACGUUACCAUAGUUUCUUUCCAAGAAUUUUUAAAGAUAGUGCCUGGGCAACUCUUGCCAUUGCAUUGUAUCGGCAUCUUGGCCAGACAAGAGCUAGCGUGCUGCCGUUGCUGGUUCCAACCAAAUCAGAAGACAAGGGGACUACUCAUCUUGGUGGGUCUAACUACACCUCGAGCAGCGCUAUUACUAACAAAACCUCACCUGCGCGUUUCAAUCGCCCCGAAUGGCUUCCUGCUGACCAAGCCUAUUUCACCAGUUCACCAGUUGAUGAAAAUACUGAUUUUCUGCAUCUGCUAUUACGAAUUGGUCUCCCUGUGUUGCUUCAAACUCCGUAUCGAAUAUACGAUGGAUUCAGAUUUGGUGGUGUGACUUCGAACGAAGUAAGUCCAAACAGCGUAAUUGGUUUUUUAAAAGAAUUCAAUUCGACAGGAUCUUCUUGCAAGGUUGGAAAUCUUCCGAAAAAGCUGCAAGCCACUGUAGUCAAAAGUGUUUCAGACUUGUUACUCUUAAUAAAAUAUUGUCGUGCUGAAGAAAAUUUCGGCAAACAGUUGAAAGGCUUACCUUUGCUAUUAACACAAGAUGGCUACCUGAGAAUCUUUGAGUCAUGUCAUCCAGUGUUCCGUUCUACAUUCGGGGAUCUCAUUCCAACGCGGUCUGAAUUGUUUAUUCAUUCUGAAAUUGUCCAUCAAAUCCCAUCAGAUUCUACCGAAUCGGAGGAAGAUAUUGUUCGGAGUUUUACCGAAAAAGAUCUCGCACAAUUACUACCGCACGUGUUCACAGGCAAAAUGUCUUUGAAGGCAAUCAAUUGUCGAACAUGGACGUUCCCAACUAAAGGAAUCUUGUCAGAACAUUGGUUUAGACGACUAUGGAAAUUUCUACAAAAUUACGCCAACCCUGAGUCCUGUAAAGAUUACGUCCCUCUAAAUUGUCUCUUGGAAUGGCCAAUUAUUCCCACAACAGGUGGAAAACUUGUGACUGUCCAGAAUGCGAAAUCCAUUUUGGAUAUGACAGCCUUGGGAAAUGAAUCUGCUCAACAAGAAAAAGUUCGCAAGUUCUUGAUGAAACUGAAAUGUCCAGUACUAGACAAAGAGAUCACUUUUCAACAACAUUCAAAAAACGUUCGUGCUAUAACAGAUCCUUAUGUUGGCCACCCUUACAACGCGAGCGAUGUCUUAAUCGUUCUUUGCCACAUGUUGAGGACAAACGAGCUCAGCAUCUCUAAGGUUUCCAAAACUGACAUUCGUGACUUUCUUCGGUUUGUGCAAGAUGACUAUGAUAGGUUGGAGGAUUUAGAGCAAUGCAAACGAAUGAUAAAGGAAUUACCGUUUCAUAAAGCAUUGGACGGACAGUUCGUUAGUUUGAUCGGUACCUAUUCUUCUUAUGCUCUUGUUCCGUCUGGCGUUCCAGUGCAACAGUUAAAUGAGCUUCAAAGUCGAGCUGAAUGUCUUUUUUUGAACUCAGACGUAUUAUUCACCCUGCAGAGACUCUACAUCGAUCUUGGCGUCAGAGGUGGUCAAAAUGUCACACAAUUUUACGUGGAGUAUGUCUUCAGAUAUUUCAAGAUUUUCACCAGAGAAAGUCAAUUGGAACAUUUACGUUAUAUAAAGGACAACGUCUUUCCUUCAUUUCCACAAGCUGGGUCAUCUGCGAGGGACGAUUUGCUGAAGAGUAUGAGAGAAAAUCCUUGUAUUCCUGACGAAAAUGGCCGCCUGCAUCUCGUAGCUAACUUCUUCGACCCCAAGAACGAGCUGUUUAAAGUAAUGUUUGCAGACGAUCUUAAGAAAUUUCCUCCGCCACCAUUCAAUGAUACAAGUUGGUUACAACUACUUCGCGAUAUCGGAUUGAAAGUUGCGAUCACACCUCAGUUAUUCUUGCAAUUUUGUACGACAGUAGCUGAAUAUGGCAGGCGUUCUCCUAUCAACGAAGAAACCUGCAUUCAAUCCAGAGAACUGGUAAAGUGUCUUUUUACGAAGAGAACCUUGCAAAAAGAGGCAUUUCUUUCUGAAGUUUCGCAAAUCAAGUUCAUCGCUUCAGCUGUAGUAGAAGAUGAAUUAGCCUUAAUUCACGAGCAGUACCAACGUCCACAAAACAGCUAUCCACCUUUCAUUGCGUUCCGUGAUGCAGUUCCGUGGGAUCACAGACUCAUAUCAUGGACUACUGUUCCACUUCUUCCAGACUGGGCGCAACCAAACGAUAUCACAAAGUUUAACAACCUUGGUAUUGCUUAUUCUGGACCUGGAUAUAUCAAAGUACUCAAUCAUCUGCAAAACAUAGUCAACUCACCUUGCCUUGAAUCAGUUGAUGGUGAACAUGGUGAACAGUUAAAAGAAAUCACGAAGCUGAUUUACCGGUUCCUCUCUGGUACCAUGGAAUGCUGUGGUCAUAACCCAAAUGGCAGAUGCACUGAAGUUUGUUUAGAUAUUGGCAAUCGCCUGAGAGGUAGUUCAUGCAUAUUUCUACAGAAAGAUAAAACCUUUGUGAAUGCAGAACUAUUGGUGUUCAAAGCUUCUGAAUCAUUCCGUUUGAAACCAUUCCUUUUUCCCGUGCCAGAUGAAUUAAGAGAAUUUCAGCAUUUUUUCAAACGACUCGGUGCAACAGAUAGGCCAACACCGCAGCAAAUUGCCUACGUUUUAAGAUCCGUCCACACACAGAUCGGAGAAGGGGUUCUCUCUUCUGACCAGAAGAAAAAAGUCGUUUAUUCGAUGUAUCAAGUUUUUCGUUUAAUACAAAAAGGUGCAAGUCCUGAUGGAAUUGAAGAGUUAUAUUUGCCAAGUGAAAGCGGACAACUUCUCAAAUCAUCUGAUAUGAUUUGCAAAGUUUCACCACGUUUUACGGAAGUGAUAAAGAACCUUCAAAUGCCUAUUCUUUUGCAAUUUGAAGAGUGUGGCCUUAGAAAGCCCGUUGAUAGUUAUAUCGAUGCACUACCAGCGCAUUUAACUCCGAUUAAAUUUGAUGAUGUAGUCAGGGAGGAAGUCGCUUCUGAGUGCAAAAGUUCCACAUGUUCCGAAGCUCGAAGUGGUGCCGUAUGCCGUUUCCAAGAACAAUUUCAGGAUCUUUUGCGAUCCGAUGAAUUCCAAGAAGGACUGAAACGGUUACUAGUCCACAAUCAACAGGAUCCACAGGAAUUUGAAGAAAUCUUGAAGAGACUGCAAACGAAUACUACGAUGAAGUGUAUUGGAUUUGAAAAAAUCAGAGUCAAUGUGAUCGAACGUGUUACGAGUCUCUUAUUGGAUAAUUUAGAGAAGAGUUGCUAUGCAGUACAAGAAGACGGCGAUUGGUCAUUGUACAUGCAACACGACUUAGCUGACGAUGGAGGAAAGGUUUCAACUGCUGCCUGUGUUAAUAAGAUUCUAGAAGGUUGCAUUAAAAAGGAAAAUGGGCUGACCGCAAUGCUCAACUGCACAUCAGCAGGUGAAAUUUCAGUGUCGUUGAAUAACCUUGAUAUUACUCAAAGUACCUCCAGAAGCGCCGAUGAUUUCACUGAAGAUGAAAUGGAUUCCGAGAGUGAUGGUGAACGUGGGGACGGAGGAGAUGGAGGGGGAUUCAGUGGAGCCGAAGGGGAUGGUAUUGGUGGAACGUCUAAUAGGCGGGGUAAAAAGCGCACUGCUCAGUCUCAUGGUGGAUAUAGCAUUGGUCCUAGUCAUGGUUAUGGAGAUGGUGAAUACUCAAGCUUCAGAGAUGAUACCGAAGACGAGAAAAUUUUUCCGAAGGAUUCCAGAGAAGCAAUGCGAUGGCUGCGACAAUCCAGGAGUGAUUUGAAUAGUGCAAGGUGGUUACUCAAAUCCGGUCCUCCUUACAAUGCCCAUGCAUGUUUCCAGAGCCAUCAGGUUGUGGAGAAAUCCUUAAAAGCUUUGUUAUUUUAUCAUUGUGGCAUCUCUGGUGGUUUGCUCUCCUCCCACGACGUAGUGAGACUAGCAAGCAAAUUCACAGAAGAAACAGGACUGAAUGGGACUGCCACGAAAUCAGUGACACGAUUCGUCAAAUAUUACUUGAAUACUCGUUAUCCCAAUCGCCAGCCGUUUGAUAUCGUCCCAUGCGAUGCUUUUAGCGACGAUGAAGCAAAGACGGCCGUUGAAGAAGCAUCUAAACUGUUCGACUUUGCUGCGAAGGAAUUGAAUGACCAGUGGCUAGAAACGAGAAUGGUUUCGCCUCUGACAUUUUAG